GAGGAUACUGAGUUGCGAUUUGUUACUUGUCAGUCUUUAUGGAAUCAGAUCAAAUCAGAAACAGAGCAAAUACAGGAAGACUUGAAUAAGCAGUUAUUUGACACCUUAGUAAGUUUUCUCAGGCGGUCUCACUCUGAGUUCCAAGAGAAGACAACAGAAUGGACUUGUCGGAUGAAGUCCAGAGAAAUCCCCACUGCAGCUCUUGUCUUAGGUGUGAAUGUUACAGAUCAUGACUUGACUUUUAGAAGUCUCUCAGAAGUCCUUCAGAAUAACAUUACUCCUUAUGUAGCCUUGCUGGAAGCCAAAGAUUGCCCAGGCAUAAAAAAUCUGAUGCAGAAGCUGAUGGGGCAGCUGAUGAACUGCUAUAUAGAUGUGGACUCACUGGAAGACGAAGACUAUGUGCAGGUUUCCCAGAACAGAAUACGAUGUUCAAUGACUUCUCUUAUCAGCUGGUAUGAGGGUGUAACAAUGAAAAAAAAUUCUGAAACUCCAAGCAAAAAAAGAACUUCCUCUUCUAGACAUUGUCAAUCUCCUCCAGUUGUAGUUAUAUUCAAAGACAUGGAAAGUUUCACCACCAAAGUACUUCAGGACUUCAUAGUCAUCAGCAGUCAGCAUAUUCGUGAAUUACCUCUAGUCCUGAUUUUUGGAAUCGCUACAUCUCCAAUGAUUAUCCACAGCUUACUUCCUCACUCUGUUUCCUCUCUGCUCUGCAUAGAGCUUUUCCAGUCCCUUUCCUGCAAGGACCACCUGUCUACUAUAAUUGAGAAGCUGCUUCUGACAGCCCAGUUUCCCUUUAAACUGGGUGAGAAAGUUCUGCAGGUUCUCAUCAACAUAUUCUUGUACCAUGAUUUUUCUGUCCAGAACUUUAUCAAAGGAUUUCAGCUCUGUAUUGUGGAGCACUUCUAUUCCCAGCCUCUUAGUGUACUGUGUUGCCAGUUGGUAGAUGCUAAGAAGAGAGUUAAUUCUUUAUCACAUGACCAGUGUGAAAAUAUUCGAAGACUGCCCUCUUUUAGAAGGUAUGUGGAAGGUCAAGUAUCAGAGAAACAGAUUGCACUGCUGACAGCAGACAACUUCUUAAAGGAAACAGUACAAAAGUUGUUGGAGGACUUGCAUGUUUACCAUGAAAAUUAUGUUCCAGUUCUGAGAUGUCUUCAUGUUUUCACAUCUUCUCUUCCAAAGUAUCCUUUGGGCAAGCAGAUCAGGGAGCUGCACUGUGCAUGUUUGGAAAACCAAGUGUGGGAAACGGAGGAAUAUGAGUCAUCUCUUCAGCUAGCAAGGUGA